GUAGGACUAUUUUUCUUCACAGUCGUCAGGUCUUUAAAACCCUAGAAAGAUGUUCGUUUUUCGGUUACCGGAGAUUCUGUUAUCCGUCGGAGUUUUGACGGAGAUCAUCAAAACCCUAUUCAAAUCAAUCUAUUGAUCAAUAUUAAACCUCAAUUGAGUUUAAUCACUGGUGAUCAUCCAUAUCUAGUGGAGGAAGAAGAUCGAGAAACAAAAUUCUGAUUUGUUCGGUCGGAAUAUUUCGCCUUCGGAAUCUCAUCCGGCCGUCUUCGAAACCCUAAAUCCUAUCUUAAUUUUUUCUACUUUCGUAUUAGAGUUCAGGUAUUGGUCUUUGAACAUGGAUCGGGAGGAAGUUCGAUAUUAAUUUAGUUGAGAACGUGAAGUUGAAUGGUCGGCUGUUCGGGUGAUUGGUCUUUUUUAUUUGUGAAGUUGAAGCAGUUAGCGAUUUCAAGAGAAAGAAGCAGUCUUUGAGCUCUGAAAAUCAGAUGCAAACUGUAAUGCAUCUUCCUGGACAGAUCGACGACGUGCACGGCGGUGAUCCACCCCUUCACGUUGCAGAAUCGCAGCCAAUGCGCAUGCAUUACAUGCAAGAGCUCGAGCAUGCGCGACAUCAUAACAAUGGGAAUGCGAUGGAUGAUGAUCAGGAAGAUGGUGGUGGUAGUGAGGGUAUGGAAGGAGAUGUACCUUCCGAUCAUGGCAAUUCAUCAGAUCCACAUGGUUCAAUGCCGUCCAGUGGCCAUUGCGGAAACCAGCUCACCCUCUCCUUCCAGGGUGAAGUAUAUGUCUUUGAUUCUGUCUCUGCAGAAAAGGUGCAAGCAGUGCUUUUAUUAUUGGGGGGCCGUGAAGUUCCUCCCAGUGUUCCUACUCUUCCAAUGACUCCCCACCAAAAUAAUAGUAACAAUACUGCUAAUAGGGGCUUAUCUGAAAUCCCACCGCGGUUGAACGUUCCCCAUAGAAUGGCUUCAUUGAUCAGAUUCCGAGAGAAGAGAAAAGAGCGAAAUUUUGAUAAGAAAAUCCGUUAUACUGUUCGUAAGGAGGUAGCCCUUAGGAUGCAUAGGAACAAAGGACAAUUCACAUCUUCAAAGACUAAUCGUGAUGAUUCUACAUCAGCUAUGACAAACUGGGAUGGUAACCAGCAUUGGGGUUUAGACGGUAAUGAACCUCAACAAGCAGCUGCUUGCCGCCACUGUGGCACCAGUGAGAAAUCUACUCCUAUGAUGCGCCGUGGGCCUGACGGACCAAGGACUCUUUGCAAUGCGUGUGGACUUAUGUGGGCAAAUAAGGGUACACUUAGAGACCUCUCAAAGGCUGUUCCAGUGGCUGUGCAGAAUCCUUCAUCAAACCAGAAUGGGGAGAAUGAAGCUGCUGAGUCUGAUCAGUUAGGUCUUGCAAAUGUUUCAAAUGAGAAUGAUUCUUCAUCUUGACUUCCUUCAUGCCAUCAUAGGCCUCAGAGAGAAUGUAUAUUUAUCGAGUCAUCCGGGGGAAAAUAUGGUGAAAUCCCCCGUUAUAUAAAGUUUGGGGCCUCGGCCCUCAUCAUGAGACAACUUGACAACUUAGAACCAUAAUAAUUUUAUGGGUUAAGUUUUCUUCUCUUGACAAUGAUCUUUUUACCCCUUUCUUUUGGUUAAUUUUGACAAUGAUCCAGUACUAUGAUUUCAGUAGUGAAUGAUUUUCUAGUACUCUACAAUCUUAGAAAUUCAUAUAUGUUUAUAGUAUAAAUUUGAUAGGCUAAUAUAUCAACUGUUAAUUUUUUAUUGUC